AUGCUUCGCACCACGGCCAAACGGGGCGCAAGAGUCGUGACAGAGCUCUUGCAUUCGCCCAAGCCUGGUGAGAAGAUCCAUGGCUUCACGCUUCUGCGAACGAAGCACGUCCCGGAGCUGGAGUUGACGGCGCUGCACUUGCGCCACGACAAGACUGGCGCUGAGCACCUACACAUUGCCCGUGAUGACAGCAACAAUGUCUUUUCCAUCGGGUUCAAGACCAACCCUCCGGAUGACACGGGCGUUCCACACAUCCUCGAACACACAACGCUCUGCGGCAGCGAGAAGUAUCCAAUACGGGAUCCCUUCUUCAAAAUGCUGCCGCGCACUCUCUCCAACUUCAUGAAUGCAUUCACUGCUUCGGACCACACGUUUUAUCCCUUUGCCACCACUAACGCCCAGGACUUCAAGAACCUCAUGUCUGUGUACCUUGACGCGACGCUACGGCCUCUUCUCAAAGAAUCCGACUUCACUCAGGAGGGCUGGCGUAUUGGGCCUGAGAAUCCCCAGGCUCUUGCAGCCGGAGCCGAGGUCAAGCCGGAGGACCGCAAAUUGGUCUUCAAGGGCGUCGUGUACAACGAGAUGAAAGGUCAGAUGUCGGACGCCGGCUAUCUGUUCUAUAUCCGAUUCCAAGACCACAUCUUUCCAGACAUCAAUAACUCCGGCGGCGAUCCCCAAAAGAUCACCGACCUUACUUAUGAACAGCUCAAAAAGUUCCAUGCUGAGCAUUACCACCCGAGCAAUGCGAAAUUGUUCACCUACGGUGACAUGCCUCUGGCUGACCAUCUGAGAGAGAUCGAUGCCCAGCUUAAUGUCUUUGACAAGAUCAGGGCCGACAUGGCUAUUCACCGCCCAAUAGAUCUCAGCAGCGGUCCCAGGGAGGUCAAGCUUUUCGGCCCCGUCGACCCUCUGGUGGAUCCUAAUAGGCAGUUCAAGACAUCCGUGUCGUGGGUCCUUGGGGACACGUCAAACAUUGUCGAGUCAUUCUCGCUUGCUCUGAUUUCAGCCUUGCUUACCGACGGCUACGGAUCACCCCUUUACAAAGGGCUCAUCGAGACAGGACUGGGCACCGAUUGGAGCCCCAACUCUGGUUACGACAGUUCAGCCAAGGUCGGGAUAUUUUCCAUCGGGUUGACCGGCGUUCAGGAAGCAGAUGUCUCCAAAUUGAAGCCUACAGUGCUGGACAUUCUGCGCAAAGUGCGGGAGAAGGGCUUUGAACGGUCCAAGAUUGACGGCUAUCUGCAUCAAUUAGAAUUGGGCCUGAAGCACAAGACGGCCAACUUCGGCAUGUCCCUGCUUCAUCGCCUAAAACCGAAAUGGUUCACAGGCGUUGACCCGUUUGACUCACUUGCCUGGAAUGACACGCUGGCUGCUUUCGAGGCCGAGUACGCAAAGGGAGGCUAUCUCGAGGGACUGAUGGAUAAGUACCUGUUGAAUGACAACACCUUGACGUUCACGAUGGCUCCUUCCCCCGACUUUGUGAAGGAGCUUGCGAAAGAGGAGGAAGCCCGCCUCAAAGGCAAAAUCGCUGAUGCUGUCAAGUCUGUUGGUGGCGAAGAGCAAGCGCAGGCCGCAUUCGAAGCCCGAGAACUGGCCCUUCUCUCGGAGCAGGGCAAGUCGCACACGGAGGAUCUCAGCUGCCUGCCAAGUGUUCACGUGAAAGAUAUCCCGCGCGAGAAGGAACCCGUCAUUUUACGGCAUGAGACGCUGGGCAAGGUGAAGCUUCAACUGCGCGAAGCGCCGACAAACGGCCUGACCUACUUCCGGGCUAUCAACACGCUGGAGAAUCUGCCCGAUGAGCUCCGGUCUCUCAUUCCGCUUUUCACCGAUUCCAUAAUGCGUCUCGGCACCAAGGAUAUGACAAUGGAACAAUUGGAGGACCUUAUCAAGCUCAAAACUGGCGGUGUAUCCGUCGGUUACCACUCGGCGUCUCGGCCGACCGACUUCACGCAGGCCAGCGAAGGUCUCAUAUUCACCGGAAUGGCUCUGGACCGCAAUGUUCCAGUAAUGUUCGACCUGCUACGCAAGCUAAUAAUCGAGACCAACUUUGACAGUCCCGAGGCCGCCCAGCAAAUUCGGCAGCUCCUGCAAGCGUCUGCUGACGGCGUCGUCAACGACAUCGCUUCCUCCGGGCAUGCCUUUGCUCGAAGGGCCGCAGAAGCCGGUUUGACGCGGGAUGCCUUCCUCAAGGAGCAAGUCGGUGGCUUGUCUCAGGUGAAGUUGGUGACCAGUCUGGCCAGUCGGCCGGAGUCUGACCAGCUGGAAGAUGUGAUUGCCAAGCUGAAGGAGAUCCAGCGGAUCGCCUUGAUUGGAAACAUACGGACAGCCAUUACCUGCGAUGCUGAGAGCGUUGCUACCAACUGCAACGCCCUCACCAAAUUUCUGGGUUCGUUACCCUCGCAGUCCGUGGCCUUUCCGUCCGGACAGACAUCACAGUUUCCAAGACACCUCAAGUCGUUCUUCGCUCUGCCCUAUCAGGUGUACUAUGGCGCACUUGCCCUGCCGACCGUGUCCUACACGUCACCAGAUGGCGCCCCUCUUCAGAUCCUCGCGUCUCUUCUAACUCACAAGCAUUUGCACCACGAAAUUCGUGAAAAGGGUGGGGCGUACGGCGGGGGUGCCUACUCCCGUGCCCUCGACGGCAUUUUCGGCUUCUAUUCCUACCGCGAUCCGAACCCUCUAAACACAGUCAACAUUAUGCGUAACGCAGGCCGGUGGGCUGUUGACAAGAAGUGGUCCGACCGGGACCUCGAAGACGCCAAGAUCUCAGUGUUUCAAGGCGUUGACGCGCCUCGGGCGGUCAACGAGGAAGGCAUGGGCCAGUUCGUCUAUGGCAUUACCGAGGAAAUGAAGCAGAAGCGGCGUGAGCAGCUCCUUGAUGUCACCAAGGACUCGGUCCGAGACGUCGCGCAAAAGUAUAUCGUUGAUGCCCUGGACAAGCAGUCCGAGCGUCUCGUGUUCCUCGGCGAAAAGCGCGAGUUUGUCGACAAGUCUUGGACGGUCAACGAGAUGGACAUCAACGGGACUGCUUAA